AUAAUCGAAUUUUGUUUAUGGCAACGAACAAUUCUUCUAAUUUUGGAAACAAUACCGGAUGCAUGAGAAGAACCAAAUUGGUAUUAAUACAGGCAAUAAAGAACGAGAUUUUUUGUGCCAAAAUGAAGAAUAAUUACAACUUCUUGAGAAGAAUUGUUCUGCUUGUAUCUAUAAUUAUAAUAGUAGUUAUUAUUUUAUUUGCAAUUCUUGUGAUUUUCGUUCUAUAUCCUGAAAUAGAAAAGAAAGAAAAAUUUCGUGGACAAGCUCUAUUCUGUAGUAUCGAGAUUUACAUAGGUACAAGUUAUGUUAUAGGAGGACUCGGUUUUACUUUAUUAAUAUUGGCUUUGAUAUGCAUCAUCGCUCAUCAAGAGUUCGAACAGUUGUCUCGUGAAUUGUUUUUAAUUAAAAGAAUCGAUUCAGAUUUACAGAAAAAGGUAACGGAAUUUAUGUUGCAUCACGAAGAGCUUUGGCUUUUUAUGCAACAAUUUAAUACCAAGUACAAUUUAGUAGUUGUAAUUAUCUAUUUUUUUGUCCUUUGGGGUACAAGUUAUUUCUGCUACGCAUUUAUAUUUUUGGAAUUUCAUUAUUACCAGAAAUAUAUAAUAUUUUUACUUAUGGUAAUAUUCACGUGUAUUUGCGUAAUAGCUGGAUGUCUGCUGUGCUCGCUCGCAUUUACGAUGGAAAAUACGUUUCAAGACGUCAGACAAUUCGCAGGAUGUGAUAUUGGACUGAAAAGAAAGCUGAAGAUUUUGGAUUUUAUGAAAAGAUUUGGAAAAGUCUCCCUGUCUCUUUCAAUAGGCGGAUUUUUUGUGGUAGAUAAGAGAAUUGUUUUCAAGAUGGCAAGUACACUACAUUCUAUUUUCUCCGGCUUUUUAAAACUAAAAACCGUUUCAAACAAGAAAGAAAACUGUGAACAGAUGUAUAAAUUCAAUUACACGAAGACAACUUAAACGUGUAAUAAUUUGGUAUUAAAAUACAGUUAU